GGAAUUCAAAAUUGUAUUAAUCGCUCAUUUGCAUCUUCUUUUGUCGAAGGGGACAAUCCACAAUGUCGAGCGGCGCCACGGCAAUGGGGAAUCGUACAACUUCACCGCAGGAUCCCGACAUGGAUCUGAAGGACCGCCCAGGUCUCGAGUUCGCCCAGUUCGCCGCGGGGUGUUUCUGGGGAGUGGAACUGGCGUUUCAACGCGUAGAAGGUGUGGUGAAGACGGAGGUUGGGUAUUCUCAGGGUCACGCCGCCGAUCCCACCUACCAACUGGUCUGCACCGGAACCACCAACCACGCCGAAAUCGUCAGGGUCCAAUUUGAUCCCUCUGUGUGCCCCUACACCAACCUUCUCUUCCUGUUCUGGUCUCGCCACGAUCCCACCACUCUGAAUCGCCAGGGUGGUGAUGUGGGCUCACAGUACCGAUCCGGAAUCUACUACUACAGUGAGACCCAAGCUCAGUUGCCCCAGGAAUCCAAGGAAGCAAAGCAAAAGGAGAUAAUAGGUAAAAACAUAGUUACAGAGAUUCUUCCUGCGAAGAAGUUCUACCGUGCAGAAGAGUCUCAUCAGCAAUAUCUGGAGAAAGGUGGACGAAACGGGUCAAAGCAAUCGGCUAGGAAAGGUUGCAAUGACCCUAUCAGAUGCUAUGGUUGAUGGUCAUAAGUAUUCUCAGUAGUCCUGCAUGUUUCCUAACGUCAGUUUGGAAUCUAGAUUCCAAAAUCAAUCAUGAACUUUUUCUGUAAUAAAAUUGCAAUGCUUAUUGAAUCUUUCUUUUGACCCAAGCUGGUCUGGGCUAGGGUUAAGUGUUUUUUUUUCCCUCAUACGUUUAAGAGGACAU